UUUUCCACGAGGCCAACACCAGUGAUGCAAAAGACUGCUUGAGGAAAAUUGCUCUGGUACCCGAACUGCAUGGCUGGGUGAAUUCUCAGGUAGCAGAGCAGUUGUUCUCCAAAAUGAGAAGGAAUAACUACUUUCUAAAUAUGAUGUCUCCGGGGAGCCAUAUUUUUCUCAUGCGCUCUAUCAUUCAUCAUCACAACACCAUGUUGAAUGAGAAGACCCUGGCUGACAUUCAUAAAAUCUCAUCAGCAGACAUCACACUGGAUUCAUCUGGAAAGGCCAUAAUGGCAAAUACGCUUUUUCUGAGCGGAACUUCACUUCCAGCACAUCCCAAAGUGCAAUUGGACCCAGCGAACAUUAACCAGUGUUCAGGGAAAUGUGAGGCCAUGACAAUCAUUUCAUCGUUAAAGCCCUGCAGAGCCUCAUGGAGUGUAAAGGGUCGUCAUCCGCUUCAGGAGCAGCUGAUCAAUUAUGUCCUGGAUGUUACGAGACCUGGAAAUGAGCUCAUCAUCAAAGACGGACCAACUUGCCUUUCCAGAAGUGACAUCUUGACCCUGGGACUUCAGAGAGAAAUGGAGGCAAUGGUACUUAACAACUGUACAUUUUACUGAUGAAAGCAUGUUUUCAUGUUUUCAAAAUCAUUAAGAAUUCAUUGUAUGAUGCUGUUUGUAAACUACAUCAACGGGUAGGGAAUGGGUGCCUCAGGCUGGUCCGGGAGAUGGCAAAUAUGCAGGGAAGGGAUGUUUUUGUUGCAGACCUGCAUGUCACCCCAACAUGGCUCCCUCCCACCAACUGCAAUCCCCUGCUCCAUUUCCCAAAAGAUGCUGACCAGAAAGAUGCCCUCAUCAUCCCUCUGUGGAUUUCAGGGCAUUUUCUUCUGAGUAGGUGUUGCACAGCAGAUUGCUGUGGGAGCCUGGACGGAGAAGACUGCUCUGGAUUUGGAGGGUGUUCCUAAGCAGACACAUGGCAAUGAUUGUGGUGUCUUCAUGAUAAUGUAUGCCUGGUACAUUGCCAUGGAUGCUUGCUUUGACUUCAGUGUUGAUGACAUGUGUCUCCUGAGAAGAUGGUGGUGUAUUGACCUAUUAGAAAACCUUGGGCUGGAAGGGUACGGAAGGAAGUUUGCCCAUUUUACAGAAGAAGGAAAGGCAAGCCUUCGUGACAAUGUACCACCGGUAUUCAGGAUCACACGAAAAAGAAAACACGAAAGCAACACCAUGAGUCCACAGGACACCGACCCUGCCACUGACCACAUUUACAGUAAGAGGCCUUACAGCUUUCCACCCAGAGAGCAGGUUAAUGACAAUAAUGACAGCAUGGACCAACAUGAUGUGGUCACCACAACCAGAGACGUUGGGAUCCUGAGUGAAGACGCAUCUUUCGACAGGCUUGUGGAAAGGGCUCAGCAAGCUGAACACCAUAGAAGAGUCACUAGUGACCUUCUUGUAACGUUCAUCACUCAGGAUAACGGCCUACUCCAACAUCUUGAAGCGGUCAUCACAGGAAAAGUUACAUCCUCCUGGGCAACAUCAAAGGGCAGGGUGAUAAUUUUCUUUGAGGAGGAUGAGCAGCUGGACAGAGUGCUGGGCUUCUUGACAAGCCUGGUUGAAGCACAGACAACCAGAUGUCACAAUCAAGUGGCAUUUGUUAUGGAUGAGCUUCUGCCAGAGGCAACAGUCCACGCCCUUUCAGCUGUCCAUGCAGUUUCCAUUGACAGAGCCAUGGAAAUGUAUAAAUGUGGACUGCAGUAUGACUUGAGUGAGAAACGGCUGUUGGCUCAUUACAUGGAAAAAAACAUGAGCAAGGAGGCACUACAGCAACUACAAAAAUAUGCUGAAAAACUCAGAAGAGCUCUGGACUCUGAGGAGUUUUUGAAGAGGCUGUAGUAUCUAUUAGCGGCUGGACCUCGGAUGGCAGAGGCAUGAGAGACGCACUGGAGAGCAGACUGAGAGCAGGGGAGCAGUACGGGAGCAGGAGAACAGGAGUAAAAGACGAGACGCACGAGCCGUGUUUGGCCCCGGGCUGCAUGAUUGUGUGGUGGGGUUAAAAAAAAAUAAAAGAACCCGGGUCGUAUGGGCGUGUUUUGUAAGGGGCGUGGUUUGUAGCGGCUCUGGCUUGGCUCUGGCUGCAGCUAGCCUUGGUUUGUUCAGAGCGUGAGACAAAGGUGACUCAGAUAUGUGACAGUUGGCAAUCCUGAUACGUGGCCUCAUUGAAUAGAGCCUGUUAUACCUGUUGCCUCCACCUCCUGAGGUAAUCGCUGAUGAGAUUUUUUUUGGCAAACAACACUAUUAAAAACCCAGCCCUCUGACUACGCAGAACAGGCACAUAGACAACAUUCUUGUUACAUUACUCUGUACAAUAUGUCUUCUGUCUUUUAUAAGGCAUUUUUUAUGAUUACAUCAUCCUCCAUUCAACAUUAAAAUGGGUUUAGUGUUUUAUAGUCACAGAUGCGCCUUCAAAAGCGACUCACCCCACUGAGACGCCUCAUUUGGCACGUAGGAGUGUUUAAUGU